GAUAAUCAUUCUUCGACAGAAAAUGCCUUUACCAAGAUAUGGCGUCUUUUUGUUCACCAUCUUUGCUGUUGUUUUGCAUGGGCAAGACCAUCAUGAUCCGCCCGUCCAUUGUGUCAGUUGCCUUGACGUUCAGGACCCCGGUAUGUGUCGAUAUCUCAUCCAGUGCGAUGGCGAGUGUUUUGAGCGAACAGAGGACCAGAAUGGGACUCGGACAAAGUCAUACGGCUGUGUAAAGAGAACGGAUUGUACUGCGUCAGCCAAUAUUGUCGGAAGAAGAAGUUCUCUAUCAAACACAACUACAUACUGCAAGAAAGAACUGUGCAACAAAGAUAUACAUCACUUCAUCGCGCCACCCACUGAACCGUGUGUAGAUAUAUCUGCGAGAGAUUGCAGAGACCCUGCAGCAUUGGAGGCCAUUUGCAGUGAUUGUGAACUGGCUCAGUAUUGUCGAAAAUCAUGUGGACUUUGCCAAGAGCACACAGGGACCGCUACUUGGUCGGAAAAUCUCGUUUUGUUUGACUACUAUCCAGCUCAUAACAAGUGCAACUAUAGCCAAGCAAUAGGGCCUUCCAUAUGCAACAGCAUCAAGGCACAAGCUCGAGCAAUAAUACAUCACGGAGAUUACCUUAAUCUUCCAACGUACAAUAGUCUAAUACACGUCCACUUUACAACAAAUGGCGAACCUCUUACUAACCUACAUCUUCUCUCAUGUCGGACAACUGGAAAAGGCCGUGUGGACAUUACACUCAACAACGCAACCAUUGCUGAGGCUAAUUAUGACACUAAACCGGGUUGGGUUUGGGUUCUUCAUGAAAUGAACCAGGCACAACAUAAGGGUACUAAUAACUACACGUUGGCCAUCGUGAAAGACAGGAAAGUGAGAAGUUAUGGCCACUACUGGCUUAGAAACAUCAGACUUGAAACUACGGUAGUCCAUCAUGGACAUAAUAAAUGACAUAAGCAAUAAAAUAUCGGAAA